AUGGCGUUCAAUGCCUAUCCCCCGAAGAAUCAGGCAUCAAAAAAUAACCAGAAUCCUAACGGAGCGAUGAGAGCGGCUGUUCUGGCCGAUCGAACAAAGCGUCCUACGCCGUCGCCUAAUCGUCUCUCUCCUGAAACCCCUGAAGAAGGCUCCGUGAAGGAUAAAAUCAGAAAAUUCUCCGAGAAUUCUCUUUCUGCAAGCUCAUCGCAGGCCGAAGACAAUAGGGUUGGACGUCUUGGUUCAAGAGCCCAAACUCCGCAAUUACUGGCCGCCACGAAAGCUGCAGAGAGAUCUGCAUCUCGAACCCCCCAGGAUCCCACCCCGACGGGGCCGACAUCACAGGGAAAACAGCCCAUAGUUGGUGAGAUACAUUCUCCUGGAAAUGGCAUGUGUCAGCAAGGAGCGCAGCCUGCUCCCACGCCCGACAAGCAGCCUCAGCAGCUGCCCGCACCCAUACCUAUUCGCCGGAUAUCAUCUAAAAACAUUCCUCUACGUGACGAUUUGGAUGGUGGGAGCGAUUCUUGGAAUACCCAACAGCCGAUAACUUACGGUGGACCAGAUGCUCCAGAUACCACGGAAAACUCAUCAACUACGAGGUCUACUAGCCCUGUAAAGUCUACUGCAAGGGAACAUACGAAAGAGUCGACAUUAGAGACUGUCAAUCGUUUACCGAGAAGUCAGGAACCGACGAUAUCUCAGAGGAGCCCUGUUCCCGGAACCAGCAGUCAAGCGUCCAAAGAAAAUCUGGCCCACACGAAACCAUCUCCGUCCAUCUUAGGUGAGCAAAAGCCAAAGCUUCCGCCAAGACCAGCGGCCUCAAACUCCAAUGGGGAGGACCAGGCCUCCCUGGCGAGUCUGCGAGAUGACGUCCCCAAGAAGAAGCGGUCAGACUCUGUCAGUACGCCGUCAUCAUAUCUCCCGUCGACAUCUGACCAGACGUCGACCUCGACCCGGACUCCGACCUCCAGACAUGACAACGGGGACGUGGAGGAGGCGUCGGGGAUGAGUAAAGAGUCUCUGGCAGAUGCAAUCAUUGCCUCGUCCCUUGCAUCCUCUCGCGCCCCGUCGCCGAUGAAAGCGCCUCCACCACUUCCACCACCCCGCCGGCCCAGGUCGCGUUCCCUUCUGCAUCCAGGAAGUAUCCUGAAGGGGGAAACGCGUCGCACACCCAGUCCACCUAAGGGAUUGAGGCAGACGCUACGGGAUCCGUCCAAAUCCGACGACGAAGAAGAGAAGGAGAAAAGAUACAAUCGAAGACAUCUGAUACCACACCAUCCUCACAAGCAUCACGAGGGAGAUCGAAAGCGAUGGCGGAGAGAGAUCACGGAGCGAGAACGCAAACGAUAUGAAGGCGUGUGGGCCGCCAACAAGGGCCUGUGGAUCCCCCCCGACGCGCUCCGAAACCGAGCUUUCACCGACGAGCAGGAUUCGUCACGACCCCUGGUUCCCUCUGAGAUGGUGGUGAAUCUGGUGGUGCGUGAUAUCUGGUCUCGCAGCCGGCUGCCGACGCAUGUGCUGGAGCAGAUCUGGGACUUGGUGGACCGUCACGGGAUCGGGAUGCUGACUCGGGAAGAAUUCGUGGUUGGAAUGUGGCUGAUCGAUCAGCAGCUGAAAGGGCAUAAGCUGCCUGUCAAAGUUCCUGACAGCGUCUGGGAGAGCGUGCGCCACGUCUCGGGGAUCAAGCUUCCGCGAGAAUUUUAG